AUGACACUGUCAGCAGACUCUAUAGCUCAGGCUGCCGAAGCAGCGGCCAACAAUGGUGUCAGCGACGGCAACAAGAAGCGGCCUUACCUUCUCUUCUGCGCGGCACCAGCAACAGGACACACCUAUCCCCUCCUUCAGGUUGCUGAUGAGAUGAUCCAACGCGGUUUUGAAAGCACAUUCAUCGCCGGCGAAGAAUUCCACCCUCAAGUCAAGCGCAUCGGUGCCCAGCAUGUUAGCAUUCCGCCCAUGUUGAACCCCGAGGAGCAAGCCAUUCGCGAAAAGAUUCCUGUUGGCAUACCCCGCCUGAUGUACGACCUAAGCAACGUCUUCAUCAAGGCUGUGACGCCUCACUUCCAUGUCCUGAUGGAAACCCUCGAGAAGAUCCGUGUCGAGCAUCCCGACAAGCAAGUCGUCAUUGUCCACGAGACGUUCUACAUGGGUCUUGCCCCUAUGAUGUACGGCACGCCUCUACCUAAGGGCUACACCACGAGACCGCCCGUCGUCGACAUCAACAUUGUCCCCGUCGUGACCACGAGCAUUGACACUGCGCCGUUCGGACCCGGUCUGCCCCCCGACUCGACCGAGUCCGGCCGCGGGCGGAACAAGCUCCUCAAUGAGAUGUUCUUUAGCCCGAUGGGCCCCUUUGGUGCGGCAGCAAAGGAGUACAACGACGUCGUCAAGGCUCUCGGCGGUACGCGCGAGCUGCCACCAGCCUUGUUCGAAUCAUGGCAAACCAGCUACGACGUUACCCUGCAAAUGUGCUCGCCCAGCCUCGAGUACCCCAGAUCGGAUCUCCCCGAUGUCAUCAAGUACGCGGGAUGUUUACCGCCCAAGCCCACCGACCCGAACUACAAGUACCCAGAAUGGUGGGGUGAAAUCACGGCCGGAAACAAGAAGGUUGUGGGAGUUGCCCAGGGUACCAUCGCUAUCAAUUACACGGAUCUCAUCAUCCCCACGAUACAAGGUCUGGCUCACCGCGAUGAUAUCAUUCUCGUUGCCAUCUUGGGUGUCAAGGGUGCGACACUUCCCGAGGAGCUCACGAUUCCGGCCAACACCAAGGUCGUCGACUUCCUCUCGUACGACGCCCUGCUCAAGCACGCAGAUGUUUGGGUCCUAAAUGCUGGCUAUGGAGGCUUCCUGCACGGAAUAGUGAAUGGGGUACCUAUGGUGCUCGGAGGCGAUACAGAAGACAAGCCGGAGAUUUCCAUGCGUGGGCAAUGGACGGGUGUAGCUGUUAAUCUCAAGACUGGUCGCCCAACGUCGCAACAAGUUGCAGAGGGAGUAGAGGAGGUGCUUGCUAAUGACAAGUACAAGAAGCGGGUGAUGGAGAUCAAGAAGGAGAAUGAGGAUAUGAAGGCCCUCGAUUUUAUAGAGAAGCACAUCUGGGAGUACGCAGACUCGGCAUAA